CGGCUGUGGCUGCGUCCGCCGACGCUCACGGUGACGCCGACGCCGACGCCGACAUGACUAUCAUGACUCCCGCCCCUCUCGAGCAGGAGAACGACGAGAUGCUUGUGCCCCACCAGGAGCUACCCGCCGCCGAGCCGGCCACUGCCCAGCCCAUGGAAGUGGUGGCGCAGACGGAAGCGGCCAGCACGGCGGAGAGCCAGCCGCCAGAGGACCCGCAGACGUCGCGCUUCACUUGGACAAUCGCCAAUUUCACCAGGCUCAACGGGAAGAAACACUACUCGGAUGUGUUUGUUGUCGGUGGUUUCAAAUGGCGUGUUCUUAUUUUCCCCAAGGGGAAUAACGUGGAGCACCUGUCCAUGUACUUGGAUGUUGCCGACUCGGCCAACCUCCCAUAUGGUUGGAGCCGCUCUGCUCAAUUUAGCUUGGCUAUUGUAAACCAGAUUGAUCAGAAGUUCACCACACGAAAAGAUACUCAACACCAAUUUAGUGCACGUGAGAGCGAUUGGGGUUUCACAUCUUUUAUGCCGCUGAGUGAGCUAUAUGAUCCAAGUAGAGGUUACCUUGUGAAUGAUACUGUUGUUGUAGAGGCAGAGGUUGCUGUCCGCAAGAUGGUUGACUAUUGGACAUAUGACUCCAAAAAGGAAACAGGUUAUGUUGGUCUGAAAAACCAAGGAGCGACCUGUUAUAUGAACUCUCUUCUACAAACAUUGUACCACAUACCGUACUUCAGGAAGGCUGUGUACCAUAUGCCAACCACUGAAAACGACAUGCCAUCUGGAAGUAUUCCCUUGGCGCUGCAAAGCCUUUUCUACAAACUUCAGUACAGUGACAAUAGUGUAGCUACUAAAGAGUUGACUAAAUCUUUUGGAUGGGACACAUAUGAUUCCUUCAUGCAGCAUGAUGUACAAGAGCUCAAUAGAGUUCUCUGCGAGAAACUCGAAGAUAAGAUGAAGGGAACUGUUGUAGAAGGAACGAUCGAGAAAUUAUUUGAGGGUCACCAUAUUAAUUACAUCGAAUGUAUAAACGUGGACUACAAAUCCAACAGGAAGGAGUCCUUUUAUGACCUCCAACUUGAUGUUAAAGGUUGUCGUGACGUGUAUGCAUCGUUCGAUAAAUAUGUUGAAGUUGAGCGUCUCGAGGGAGAUAACAAGUAUCAUGCAGAGAAUCAUGGUUUACAGGAUGCAAAAAAAGGCGUUCUCUUCCUCGAUUUCCCACCUGUUUUGCAACUUCAGCUAAAGCGUUUUGAGUAUGAUUAUAUGAGAGACACCAUUGUUAAGAUCAAUGACCGCUACGAGUUUCCUCUGCAACUUGAUCUGGAUAGAGAUGAUGGCAAGUAUCUUGCCCCAGAUGCAGAUAGGAGCAUAAGAAACCUUUAUACUCUCCACAGUGUUCUUGUUCAUAGUGGAGGAGUACAUGGUGGCCACUACUAUGCGUUCAUACGACCAACACUAGCAGAUCAAUGGUAUAAAUUUGAUGAUGAGCGUGUAACAAAAGAAGAUACAAAGAAGGCCUUUGAAGAGCAAUAUGGGGGUGAGGAAGAGUUACCUCAAAUAAACCCUGGAUUCAACAACACUCCAUUCAAAUUUACGAAGUUUUCGAAUGCCUACAUGCUUGUAUACAUUCGUGAGAGCGACAAAGAGAAAAUAAUGUGUAAUGUUGACGAGAAGGACAUUGCUGAGCAUUUAAGGAUAAGGUUGAAGAAAGAACAAGAAGAGAAAGAACAUAAGAAGAAAGAAAAAGCUGAAGCGCAUCUCUAUACCAUCAUAAAGAUUGCUCGAGAUGAGGAUUUGAAGGAGCAAACUGGUAAGGAUAUAUAUUUUGAUCUGGUGGACCAUGAAAAAGUCCGCAGCUUCCAAAUACAGAAGCAAUUACCAUUUAGUACUUUCAAGGAGGAAGUUGCGAAGGAAUAUGGCAUCCCAGUACAGUUUCAGCGAUUCUGGUUGUGGGCUAAGAGGCAAAACCAUACGUACCGGCCAAAUCGCCCAUUAACUCCUCAUGAAGAAACACAAUCCGUGGGGCAACUGCGGGAGAUAUCAAACAAGGCACAGAAUGCUGAAUUGAAGCUGUUUUUGGAAGUGGAAUUUGGACUGGAUCUGCAGCCUCUCCCUCCUGAGAAGAGCAAGGAAGACAUUCUUCUGUUCUUCAAACUCUACAACCCUGAAAAAGAAGUGUUUGUUUUGUGGGGAGGCUCUUUGUAAAGGCUUUGGGGAAACCUUCAGAUAUUCUGAGAAAAUUAAAUGAAAUGGCUGGGUUUACACCGGAAGAAGAGAUUGAGCUGUAUGAGGAAAUUAAGUUUGAACCAAAUGUUAUGUGUGGACAUAUUGACAAGAAACUUACAUUCCGGUCUAGUCAGCUUGAAGAUGGGGACAUAGUAUGUUUCCAAAAAUCACCUAAAGCAGACAGUGAUACUCAAGUGCGCUAUCCUGAUGUCCCUUCAUUUUUGGAGUAUGUUCAUAAUAGGCAGUGUCCCUCAUCAGUUACGAAGGGGAAGGAGUGUGUAGAAAGAGGCGGCGGUGGUGGAAGAGGUAUCUGCGGCAUGAAGGCUUUGGUGGGGCAGUGAUUUUUGUUAAAAUAAAUAAAUAGAAGUGAAGAGAAUAAAGGGAUCAUGUGGCCCUGUCCACCCGAAGCUAGUGGGAGGUGAUUUUUAGGGUUCUCCUAGGUGAUGGGGCUGUUCGCAGCUAUGUACUAGGAGAUGUCGAGCUGGAGCCUAUUGGUGUAGAUGUAGCCGAUGGAAAUGGUAAAUCCACUUGUGUCUCUCUCAAACCAAGCAAAGCGAGGCCUCCAGGUAACAGCUGUAGGGACACACAGUUGAUGAGCUAGUGGUGCCUAUGACGAGAAACAUGACUGCUCUAGACUUGGCCAGCCUGACCAGUUCUGUCACUGGACGGGGCUUAAGAAAUCUUGGCCUGUCGGGUUAGCCUAGCCCGAAAGGCCCAUUUCAGGAUUCUCGAGCUCGGCGCCGCAAUUUUUUUGAAAAUAUUUAAAAACGCGUAACAUUUGUGAAAUUAAAGAAAAAUUAAUAAUAUUUUUAAAAAUUGCCCUAGACUUGAACCUUUUCUGGGUGCAACACCUGACCUGGCAUCCCGAGCUUUGACCUCGCUUUGUUACGAAAUUGUUAUUAUGCCAUCUCAACAUGUUAUUCCACCCAGCCCUAGCUGGUUCUACUCAAGGAAUAUAAUUCUCAAAUAUUCUUGGUCAGUAAGUUAUUUUUAGAUUAGAAAGUUACCCCUUAGCCCUUAAGAAAAUUAGAGAUAUUAUAUAUUCUGAAGAUUUUCCUCAUUUUAGUUGUUCUUUUUUUUUGGAGAAAAGAUCACUGCGUCACAUUCAUUAAGGCCCCAUUCGGAACACAGGAUAGGAAAAACAUAGGAAUAAGAAAUAUACAGGAAUUGAGAUUUCAUACCUUUCAAAUCCCACAGGAACUCAAAACACAGGAAAGAUGCAAAGUAACUAUUUGGAUUCAGGAUAGGAAAUGCAUAGGAAAGCUUGUUCAUUAAAACGCAUAGGGAUGGCUUUAUAUAAUAGCCAAUUACAGAAUUUGCAUCUAACUCUAACUCUAGUUUAGGUAAUUGGCAGGGUAACCUUCUUCGGGACUAAACCUUUCCAAUUAUACCUAAACUCUACUAACUUAAACUAGGAGGACUCUAAGGGGCCGCAGGGCCCUUGCCCUUGCGACGACUGUAGCUUGGCCCCGCAUGACAAGUAAACUCUGUCUUAAUGCCCUGAAACUCCAGUUCCAGCUCUGUAUCCUGCAUAAAAAUUAAUAGGUCGUCAAAUGAACUUAGACUAGAAUGCCAGAUAGUAAAUAAAUUAUAAAUAAGGAAAAUAGAUAUCCAGCUAACUCACAGCAUAUAGAUGUCCAUUUGCGAUAGCAUCUCUAACACCUGAAACAAAGGACCAAAUCAUUGAGUUUUAUGAACAAGAAAAACAUAAGAAGAGGCAUUUAAAAGCAUGUCUAUUUUUUAUAGCAUGUUAGAAUGUAAAUUACCUAGCUUAUUUGGAUGGAAUUCCCAAAGCUGAUCUUUAUUGAGGGUAGGGACUGAAACACCACAUGGUCCGACAUCUCCGGAUUUGAUAGCAAUAGUUUUCAGAGGGCGCUGCAAUGAGAAGAUUAUAAAGUCAAUACCAUCAGAACAAAAAUUCUUGUUAAGCGUAAUAAAUGCGCCAUUUUCUGCAUUUAUCUUACCUGGCUUCCAUCAAAGAUGUUUCCAAGAAUACCAGGUCCCAGUUCACAUGAAAGAGGCUGCAUAAAAUAGCCAUGGUGUGUUAACAUGGAGUAAAAACUAAAAUCAUUUGUGAAAUGCACAUCGACGUACACAUUUCACCUUCUAUAUGGUUACUCAUUAAUGCAUGUGAAUCCAAAAUCAUUCAGAAAAAAUGGUAAACCUGUGUGUCCGGAAGCAAGGACAAGUUUCUACUUUCAUUAGUAGAAUUUGUUGAGCAGUGUCCAUGCCAAUUCUGAAUUAGCUCGCUGGUAUCUUGCUCGUCAUCAUUAACCACAGCACACCAGCUUGGGAGUAGGUUCCCAAGAGUUUUCACACAGUGAUCUAUAUUUGGCCUUUUUCUUGGUCUCCGAGACACGCAUUGCUGGGCGAGGUUUGCUAAUUGCAGCAGGCACUCAAAAUCUCCACCACUUAAAACAAAAGAAAUAUCCAUAUUAUCCUUAAGGAUUUCUUGGUCGACUGAUUGGCCAGCGAAUAUACUGAUGAGAGUUUCGCCUUCAGGGAGUGAUUGGUCGUUGACAGUCUUGCCGGAUAUCAAUUCCAGCAAGAUGGUGCCAAACGCGUAAAUGUCGGCUUUUAAGCUUAUCAUUCCGAGCACUGUCAAAGCACAAUGUAAAUUAACAAAACUUGAACACUUACAAUGGGACAAGAAGAUUAAAGAGAUAGUAGGAAUAAAAACUUACGCAAAUACUCUGGAGACAUGUACCCCAAUGUUCCGAUAACCUUUUCUGUCUUUGUGAAUGUAGAUGUAGUGCUGAUCUUCCUAACCAGUCCGAAGUCAGCCACCACGGCUCUUAAUUUAUCAUCAAGCAGUAUAUUUGAACUUUUCAGGUCCAGAUGGACAUAAACACUGUCUGCAUGUUUAUGUAGGUACUGUAUGCCAGUCGCAAUAUCAAAAGCAAUUUGUAAUCUUUGGCUCAAAGUCAGACAAGUGCUAACAUGAUCACCAAAUAGGGGGGAUGGAUCCUCGUCCACAAGAUGGUUUCAUAAGCUACUUGCUUAACCCAUAGGGUUUUCCUCUUCCGCAACAGCAACCUAAUCAGCAAGCCAUGUUGCAAAAUGCUCAUUACGCUGGUGGUCCUCCCCACUAUACUUCAUUUGCUGUGCCACAACCAUCGGUGUCACAGGGAACCCAUCACCAUCACUUCCCAAGCCAAGCAUUCCACCGAUACCAUCUGGUCCACAACAAUCCAUCAAUCUUGAAAGUGGUGAGGAGAAUGGAGAUUGUAGAACUGAGAAGCGACUUGCAUGGACAUCAAACGAGGAUGAAAGAUUGAUGAGUGCAUGGUUACGUUGCUCGACUGACCCAAUUAACGGGAACAACAAAAAGAGUGAUCAACAUUGGGCAGAUGUGACUCAUGUCUUCAACAGCACCACGCCAAAAAACCGGACAAGACAAGUAAAGCAAGCAAAAGAUCAUUGGCAUUGUCUUAAUAAGCUAGUGUACCAGUUCCAGUGCUCAUAUACCAAGGCAAAGGCAUCCGCCAUAUAUGCUAGUGGACAGUCCGACGCUCAGCUGUUGGAGAAAGUCCAUGCUUUCUAUGAGUCUGAUUACAAAGCAAAGUUUCAUCACAUGGAUUGUUGGCACGCUAUUAACGAGGACACGAAAUGGCUUACAUAUAAUGAGUGGCUUGAGAAAACAAAAAAGCGGAAGACCUCAGAAUCAGGGGAGCAAGGAAAGCAUACAUCCUCUCCUAUAGACCUUGAUGAUAUUGGCCGUCCAACAGGAGUGAAAGCAGCCAAGGCUGAGCGUAAUGGCAAAGGGAAGUCUACAGAAGCUGCAGCUGAUAUGGAGUUGCUCGAGAAGUUGGUAGCCACUCAGGAAGAAGCUAAGAGAACUCGUAGAGAUAUGAUAGAAAUGCUGCAGCGUUGCUCUAGUGAGAAGCUCGAGACAGCAAGGCUCUCCGCCGAAACAGCAGGGCUCUCAGCCCUUGCGGCAAAGGACACCAUGGAGGCUAAGAAACAAGAAAAGGAGGCAGAGAUGAUGAAAGCUUACAGAGCGCUCCUUAUGCAAGAUACAAUUGGGAUGACUGAUGAAAUGAAGAAUGAGCAUUUGAAGACACUAAAGGUUAUGAGAGAGAUUAUUUGGUGUGUAGGCUCCCUAUAGCACUUAGUGAUUAUGAGCUGUGAUGUGAAGAAUGUUUUAAUUAUUUGCUUUAUUUCCAGAUCUUUAGUACAGGUUUUAUAUUAGAUGCUCAGUAUCGUUUACAAAAACUCUUACGCAUUUUAUGUAUUUUUAUUGAACCGGUCAAGUUUAGUUGUGAGCUAA